AUGACGCAUGGCAGCAGCCCGCACUUCCGAAGAACAGGGGCGGCGGAUUUUCGUCCGCCUCAACAACCUCUCCACCCCUACCACAGCACAGUACAAACACAACGUAUAACUAUCUUUCUCGCUCCCCAAUUGUCCUUGAGUGACUGGCUUGAUUCAACCCGCAACUCAUACAUCGUUACAUGUACCGACCACCGUGAAUUGCGGGAAAUGUCACAUUCUCGUCUGCGGGCCGCCGCAUCCUCCUUCAUCCACCGUCAAUGCCGCUAUAACAACCCUCGACCUCAACCCCGAACAGCAUCAGCAGCAUCAUCUUCGCCAUUCGCUCACAUCCACACAUCUCACCCUCGCCUACACCCUUACAAAAAUGUCUCCACAUCACAACAACAACAACAAACCUCCUCAUUCUCCACCACAACCCACCAUCACGCCUCCGCCCGCGAACCAACCUACUACGAAGUCCUCGACAUCCCAAUAACCGCCUCCCAAGGCGAGAUCAAAAAGUGCGUUGCGUUGCGUUGCGUUGCGUUGCGUUGCGUUGCGUUGCGUUGCGUUGCGUUGCGUUGCGUAGCGUUCCCUCCCCCCCUCAUCCCCUCACCCCCAAAACCCCACUCCACAUACCCCGACCCAAAAUCUAACCAAAAAUCCAGAAAAUUCUACACCCUCUCCAUGCGCCACCACCCGGACCGCAACCGCGACGACCCGACCGCCUCGUCGCGCUUCGCCCGCAUCUCCUCCGCCUACAACGUGCUCAGCCAGCCCAACAAGCGCGCCGCCUACGACCGCGACCACGGCAUCUACGCCCAAUACCAGAACACGCGGUCCACCGCCACAGCCGGCCAACAUCCCAUGGGCAGUUACAGCAGCCACGGCGGCGGGGCCAACCUCCACACCAAGGGGUCCUCGUACGCCGGGUCCCGCCCCGCCAGUGGGCUGAGCAAUCGCCGGGGUCAGUUCCGGGGCCCGCCGCCGAGUUUCUACGCGCAUGGUGGGUAUGGGCGGACGGGGAGGACGAACCCGGGGCCGGGUUCGACAGGUGGUGGUGGGAGUGAUGCUGCGGGCCAGUCAUCCACUACCACUAAUGAUGAGGAUCCGACGGCGUUCAUUCAUAGGAAUACCGUUCAUCAUUUCAACGCUAAGGGUCACUAUAAGACUCAGUCGGCGGAAGAUGUUCGGCGGAAAGAGCGGAGGCAGAAAGCCAUGGAAGCCGCCCUGAAGGAACAGUACAUUGGGAGUCCCUGGGGGGCCGCCAUGCGAUUCGCGGCUGUUUGUGGGAUCUUGGUCGGGGCUGCAACAGUGGCGGGCUUAUUUCAAUGGCCACGUGAGAAAGUAAGCAAACAGAAAGAUCAAUUGAGGUGA